AUGGAUAUGAAAUUGAUAAGUGGGAAAAGAUUACCAAUAUGCAGUGAAGAGCAGAACAAGAAGACGAAGCAAAGACUACUAACACCACCAUAUCUUCCUGACGAGUUAAUUAUUAACGACAUUCUGAUCAGAUUACCAGCUCGAACUCUAGGCAUAUGCAGCUGCCUCAGUAAAUCAUGGUACAAUUCAAUAUUUCAUGAUCCAAAAUUUGUUUCCUCUCACUUAGUUCACAGUAAAAACAAAUUGAACCUAGUCUUCAAUCUCCUUAAUGCAUUCGAAAAGGAUUGGCAGAAUUACUUUUUCAGCAUACAUGAAAAAACAAGGAUUAGAAUGUUAGUAAACGUAACAUGUGGGGCUACAAGUGAACUAGUUGGUUAUUGUAAUGGUUUAGCUUGUCUUAAAUCAGAGAGUAGCGACGCCACCGCUGAUGACGAGAGUGAAAUCACUAUCAUUAAUCCGACAAGGGACGAAACACUUAGUUUUUAUUCCCAUUCCACUCCUCCUACCAUGGGAUGCAAAUACUUGUGUCAUGGUUUUGGUUUUGAUUCAGCAUUGCAAGAAUAUAAGGCUGUGUUUGUAUAUACUAAUAUCAAUGAAGAGGAGGAGGAGUUUGUUUGCAUGGUCAUUACAUUGGGAGGGGAAGAUAAUUCAUGGAGAAAGAUAGUUACUAGUACUUCUAGAAUCUCACCGCCACCAGGUUCUUCUGCUUUUCCUGGUCGAAUGUUUACAAGAGCUUCGACAAUUACUCGUAGAUCAGCCACCCUUUGUGGGAGUGGUUUUUUUUGGAGGAUAACCAACAGGGCCAGUAAUAAUAACGAUUAUGAUAUGUUGCUCUCAUUCGACAUCCACAGCGAGAAAAUUAACUUCAUUAGGCUCCCAACUGAAUGUUGUCUGACCCACACAAUGGCGACGACGGAGAUUGAUAAGGACGAAUAUUUAGUAGUCGAUCAUCAUCUUCUGGAGUUUCAAGGAGAUCUUUGUGUUGCACGUACGGAGAAGAUAAUGAUAAGCAACAGCAGUGACCGUCAUCAGCAACACCGCAAUCAUCAUCGUUGUAAAGGUAGCAGGAAGGGAACAUUUUGCUGUUGCGGUUUUAAGGUGCAUUUAUAUAUAAUGAACGACAAGAUCAAGCAAGUGUGGACCAAGGGGAAGACUUUUGAUUUUCCACUCAAGGAUGGCUUACUGCCAGAUCUGUGA